CUCCUCCCUCGUUCGUGUCCAUUGCAAAAGAUCUCGACGAUGGAAAACGCGGACGCGAACAGCGAAGUCGAAAACGACGCGGAAAUGAAGCUCUUGAGAGAUAAAUUCAGGCUCUCCGCAAUCUCCAUAAUCGAAUCUCAAGCAAAACAAAAUGGCAUGGAAGUAGCAAAAAUCGUAGUCACUUGCAUUGCGGAUUUGGCCUUCAAAUAUACAGGUAAGUGCGUGGCUAGGGAUCUUCAUCUAUUUGCGCAGCAUGCGAAUCGUAAAUCUGUAAAUAUGGAAGAUGUGAUACUUUGUGGACAUAGGAAUGAACAUGUAUCUGGCAUGUUGAGGAGCUUCUCCAAUGUUUUAAAAGCCAACGAUCCUCAAUCUGAAAGGAAGCGAAAGAAAGAAACCAAAAAGAACGACAAAGGAACCGCUUAGAACAUAUUUUGGUUUCGUACAAUAUUGGAUAUUUGGAUGAUACGCGGGAUUUCCACGACUGUACAAGUUUCCGUUUAGGGUAUUUAUAAAUGGAUUUAGCAUAAAGGUUAUUGUUAGGAAUAACUCUGCUACAGUAUUUAUUGGAGACUCUGCGCCUGAAUCAGUUUUGUUUCAUGUCUUUGUUACGUUACGGUAUUGCAAUGCGCGCAGCUCAAUGUAUAUGUCUGACGAGAAUCUUGAAAUUUGAACUGUGCAGAGUUUUAUGAUACACUCAACCGUAGAAGGGACACACACAUGGAAAAAGCAUCUUGGCCUGCUCUGUACUUUUCGCACCUUCUCAGCUUAUCUUUAUUCAUAUUA